AUGGAUAUCGUAGGACCAUUACUAACUGCGCAUGGGGGCAAAAAAUAUGUUCUAUUAGCCACAGACUACUUCACCAAGUGGGUGGAGGCAGAGGCGUAUGGGACAGUAGCACAGACCGACAUGAUAAAGUUCAUCUGGCGCAACAUCAUUUGUAGGUUUGGGAUACCCAAAGCCGUCAUUUCAGAUAAUGGGACUCAAUUCAACAAUCGGAAGUUCAUGAGAUAUUGCAUGGAGAAAGGGAUCAUUCAACAGUUCUCGUCCCGCAGCUAUCCCUAA